AUGCCCAAUCACCUCGUCCUCGAGGUCCGCCCCUCCCGCUCCACGAGGGGCCGCGACACCUACAGCAGCUCUAGCACACUUCGCCACCAAGCACGCGCCAGAACCCUGCCAUGCCGUCCGCCACACAGACACGCAGUAACGCCCCAACAUCUGCUGCGCAAGUCCUUCCCCACAGCGGAGGAGUUCUCCAGCCCCACGCGGCCGGAGUCGCGCCGACUUCACGGUCACCCGCCCGGCGCUGUCGCCGCGCCCCUCCCCAGCCGCACUCCCGCCCGCGCGCCUCCGCGUCGUCGGGUCUGUCUCCAGCAAUCAAAUAAGGUCGGCUGAGCCCCCACGGGUGACCAACGAGCUCUCGCUGCACCCGGGGAAGGCCUUGGCCCCACGCUCUGGGGCUGCCAACAGCUGCGUGAAUUCUCCAGCGGGGGCGUCCUUUUCUUCCUCUCCAGCCGGCGGUGGUUGGGUCGUCCGCAGCCGCAACUACUAUGGCCUCUUCCUCUCCAUGUGAUCCCCUACCCAGCCGCGCGCUUUAGGGACAGCUUCCAGCCUUUUAGUCUCUCCCUUAUGAAAAGAAUUGUGGAGGGGCAACGCUUCCUCGUGGGGGUCUGCCCAGCCCCACCUCGGUCGCCCACCGCUCUCUCUCCCCGGUUGGCCCACAGCCCUUCCAAGCCGGUUCCUCCGGGUGGAGCGUGCUUGCCCUGGGCUAACUGGCCGCGAGAUGCUGUCCCCGCAGACCCGUCUAGCCCCAGUGUCCCUUCACCUUCUCCGCAGCCUCUCCUGCUUGGUGAAUCGCGUGGCGGAACCCGAGGCUAGGACCUCCGCGCCCAGGAUUUUACUCGGACUCCAGCACGUGGUGGAGCGGGGGGGUGGCGGCCAGAGUACAGGCUGCGGGAGUCUCGGUGGCACUGGAGAGGGUCGUUUCGGGGCCCACGGCUACCUUCGCUGAGGGCGAGUCCUGCGGCCUGAGCCCGCUGACCCCGGCUGGAGGCCCGCACGCCAUCCCUCCUCCCACGGCCUCAGCCCGGGCGCGCAGACUCACACCCCUUCCCGGGGAAGCAAAUGGUCCCUUCCAGGCGGGUGGCCAUGUUGCUCUAAUAAAGCGGGAGGGGCGGCGGCGUGGGGGGAGCAGAUGCCGCUGGCUUCGAGCGGGAGCCGGGUGCUGGCAGAGCGCAGCCGCGAGGGAGGCGCGGGGGAGGCGAGCCGGAGCCCGAGCCCGAGCGGGAGCAGCAGCCAGUGUUGGCGGAGAGCACCCGGGCGCAGCUGGAGUCGGAGCCGCAGCCGCGAUGGCCGUGGCCGUGGGGAGACCGUCUAAUGAAGAGCUUCGAAACUUGUCCCUUUCUGGCCAUGUUGGAUUUGACAGUCUCCCUGACCAGCUGGUCAACAAGUCUACUUCUCAAGGAUUCUGUUUCAACAUCCUCUGUGUUGGUGAGACCGGCAUUGGCAAAUCCACGUUAAUGGACACUUUAUUCAACACCAAAUUUGAAAGUGACCCAGCUACUCACAAUGAACCAGGUGUCCGGUUAAAAGCCAGAAGUUAUGAGCUUCAGGAAAGCAAUGUACGGCUGAAGUUAACCAUCGUUGACACUGUGGGAUUUGGAGACCAGAUAAACAAAGAUGACAGCUAUAAGCCAAUAGUGGAAUAUAUUGAUGCUCAAUUUGAAGCCUACUUACAAGAGGAAUUGAAGAUCAAACGUUCUCUCUUCAACUACCACGACACCAGGAUCCACGCAUGCCUCUACUUCAUUGCCCCUACUGGCCAUUCACUGAAGUCUCUGGACCUAGUCACCAUGAAAAAGCUGGACAGCAAGGUGAACAUCAUUCCAAUAAUUGCAAAAGCUGACACGAUUGCCAAAAAUGAAUUGCACAAAUUCAAGAGUAAGAUCAUGAGUGAACUAGUCAGCAAUGGAGUCCAGAUAUAUCAGUUCCCCACAGAUGAAGAAACGGUGGCAGAGAUUAAUGCAACAAUGAGUGUCCAUCUCCCGUUUGCUGUGGUCGGCAGCACUGAAGAAGUGAAGAUCGGCAACAAGAUGGCGAAGGCCAGGCAGUACCCCUGGGGUGUGGUGCAGGUUGAGAAUGAAAACCACUGUGAUUUUGUGAAACUUCGGGAGAUGCUGAUCCGCGUGAACAUGGAAGAUUUGCGAGAACAGACUCACACCCGCCAUUAUGAACUGUAUCGGCGCUGUAAGCUUGAGGAGAUGGGGUUCAAGGACACUGACCCUGACAGCAAGCCCUUCAGUCUUCAGGAGACGUACGAAGCAAAAAGAAAUGAAUUUCUGGGAGAACUUCAGAAGAAAGAAGAAGAAAUGAGGCAAAUGUUUGUUAUGAGAGUGAAGGAGAAAGAAGCUGAACUCAAAGAGGCAGAGAAAGAGCUCCAUGAGAAGUUUGACCUCCUAAAGCGGACACACCAAGAAGAGAAGAAGAAAGUGGAAGACAAGAAGAAGGAGCUGGAGGAGGAGGUGAACAACUUCCAGAAGAAGAAGGCAGCGGCUCAGCUCCUGCAGUCCCAGGCACAGCAGUCUGGGGCCCAGCAAACCAAGAAAGACAAGGAUAAGAAAAAUGCAAGCUUCACAUAAAGCCUGGCAAGCCAAGGAUGGUCCCGCAUUCACCUGCUUUUGCAGUAAUAUUGUAUCUCUGCCAUCUGUGUCCUUUUGUUUUAUUUUAUUUUUUUACCCUUCCCCAGACACCAAUAACUAUUAACUCAUUUUGCUGAAUGUUGUUGGGUAGUGGAAAAUGAUAGAACAAGAGAAUAAUACCAAAAGCUCUGUGCAGCUGGACUUUGUUUCUGGAAAGUAAAUGAUUUGCCUUUUAUGCCUGUUCAGAGCGGCAGCAGGAAGCAUGCCUGUUGCUUGUAUGUUGCUUUGGACCGAGGGACGGAGGGUCAAUGGCUCCAUGUACGUCUGUCAGGAGAACUUCUCAUCGUCUCAGCAGCUGAACCAUAACCCUGAAUAGCCAUGACAACAACUUGGCUUUUCUUGAUUUCUCAUCUCCAUGGUGGCAGAAGCCCUGAACUCACUCUGCCUCUUCUCCACACGUGCCCCAACCAGGGUAGCUUUGUAUGUAGGUAGAACGGUGGGUCAGCUUUUUAGGACCUAUGCAUUUGCAUGGAUAUUCAUUAUUAUAAUUUUAUUUGACCCAUGUUGUGGGUCUCUUCACACUGCCCCCUCAUACGGCUUUCAAAAUAUGUCUGAACCCCUAUCUCUCAAAUCCUGGACAAGUUGGACUGUAAUGAGAGAACUGCUGAUGGUCUCUUUUAUCAGCACAACCUGAUCCUCUCACAGUUAGUGAUCUCCAAGGUCAGGUCGUAUAACAUUGCCUAGUAGAAGAAUCCUCUACUAAGGAUGAUGGGUUUCCCACAACCUCCCUUCCACUUACAAUGAGCACUCUUUCAUGCUCUCCGUGGUCAAUGACCGAUUCUAGGAUAUCCGUACUUCUAAUAAUACUUUUCAAUCAUGAGGAGAAAAUUUUCAGAAAUGCUUCAAAUAGAAAAUUUGUUAUAAACUGUAUAUCAUCUGCAGCACAAAUUAUAAGGGGAUCUCAUCAACUUAAGGUAGAAAUGGGAAGGGGGGCACGCCUGGGUGGCUCAGUCAGUCAAGCAUCCAACUUUGGCUCAGGUCACAGUCUCACGGUUCAUGAGUUCAAGCCCCGCAUCGGGCUCUCUGCUGUCACCACAGUCUGCUUCAGAUCCUCUCUCUGCCCCUCCCCCUGUUUACACACACACUCUCUUUCUUCCUUUCUCAAAAAUAAAAAAAUAAAACAUUAAGAAGGAAAUGGGAAGGAACUUGACACAAAGCCAUGAGUGAAGAAGGUAGAAAUUCAACUGCACAUCUAGCUUCUGUGCAUGGUCUCCUUUCUAUAUUUGGCGAUAACGGGAAGGAGAACUAGAGCAGCUGGUCUUUCAUAUCCAGUUGUCUUGAAGGAGUUUCUUCAUUUUGUCCUCACCAUGACUAGCUCAACCUGCUCUCUCUGUCCCAGCCCAUCACCCUGUCAUUGAGAAUCAGGGCCAACCCACAGGCCACGACACAGACCACGGAAAGGGGCAUAUUGACUCUCCUUUCGGUUCUGUUCCUUUGUGAGGCUUAUCCCUUCAUCUUCUUGAUUUUUUUUUUCCCCCUCCAUUAACAAGAUCUUCCCAACUUCUAACUCAAUAGUCUCCUGUUCCUUACUUAAAAGAGUAUUCUUUCUCACGAACCUGAUGCUCCAGCUCUGUGCUUCCUCCCAGCCUUCACUGGUCAGACAUUAGGUAAAUAGGAUAGAAGACACUGUACCUUCCCUGACACACACAUGCAAUCCACCACCCCCCCUCUUUUUUUAAAUAAGUCUCUAGUUGAUUCCAAAAAAGUUUCUUUUUUUUCCUUCUCUUCAUUCUCAAUCAUACUUUUAGGGGAAAGAAGUUAUGGUCUUCCAUGAACUGAGUUAGGCUUAAGUAGGCAAAGUAAAAGUUCAGUUUCACUGGAGCCCAAACUAAGCUGGGCUAGAAACUGCAAACUAGAAUCAGCAAUGGUGGUAUAAAGACUGAUUUAGGAGGUACUGGACUAAUGUUUUUGUUUUGUUUUCUUGAAUGAUUCUAGUCCAAAGCUAGUUGUGGAGCAGCCAAAUACUAGAUGGCAUGCCGAUUCUAACCAUGGCUAAAUUUGCUCAUGUGCUGUGCACCAGACAAAAGCUUGAAUACUUGUGUUGUAUGCUUGUUCCAACCGCUGCUUGUGUGAGCAUUUUUGUGCCUUGUAACAGAAAAUAUACAUGUAAAUUCCAAAAAUGGUCAUUUUUAAAUUACCAUUUUUAAUGCAUCACUGAAACCUUUUCAAAAGUGAGCCUCGCUGUGAAAGGCAUCCAUCCAGCUGACUUUUUGAUUCCAAGAUUGUUGAUUUUUUUUUUCCUCCCAUGAAAAUUUUCAUGACAAAAUGAAUCAUACGGAGAGUCAGGGAAUAAAAAGUCAAAAGAAAGUUCUAGAAGCUUUUUUUUUUUUAACAUGUUGCUUCUGAACUCUUUUCUACUCCUGCUCCCCCGCCCUGUUUGGUUUGUUAUUGCUGCCCUUCUCUUCUUUCUGUAUCUGUGCCUUUUUUCACAGUAGUCCUUGGCUCUGCACGGAAUAAAUGAUACCCUCAAAUCUAAUUGGAUGUGCUUUCGCCUUUGCAUGUAAGUACAGUAGUAAGAAAACUUUGAGAUCUUUUGGACUUUUUUAAAAUUAGAGAAACAAACGGGAUAGGUGAAUUUUUUUUUUUUUUCCUUUUUUGGAGGGAGGUAUAGGGAGGUAAUGGUUUGAGUAGCCUUUGCUUACAAAAAAAAAAAAAACUAUAUAUUUAAAAUAACCACAUUUGUACCUUUUCCACAAGAAAUAUAAAUUCAGUUUUUUCUUGAAACCAGUAUGGAGGUCAGAAAUUAUUGUUCCCAGCUGUGUUCUACACAGCAUUGUGGGCAUCGCUGGAGAUUAGAGGGUCCUUGGUUCUGACUAUGUAAGUAAAGGUAGAAUAAGAAACUACCACCUUCGAUUGGAGAAAAAAAAUCAAGAGGAAAAUGUUUUUUAUGCUAAGCUGCUUUUAUGACUGCUUAAUUUUUUUGACGAUCUUGGUUUAAUGGUCUUUCCCUCAUGCUAACUGCUAGCAGUGAACACAACUGUUGUUUUGUUUUUUUGCCAGAUCUAGCUGGCCUCUCCCCAAAUCUUUUGUUCAACCAUAAUGACCAUUGCUUCUGGACUUUAGAUACUCGUAACAGUUGUACAUGCAGUAGAAUGUGAUGGAGAAGCAUUUUGGGAAUUUAUUAGCAGUUAGAGACUAUGUUUUCCCAACCUAGGCUCCUUCUUAACUGGUCAAAGUUUUGUCCAGAAAGGGCAUCUCAACCAGGGGAACAUUUAAUGUCACACUGAGCACAGGUUCUUUAUUACCUUCCUUCUCUGCUUUGGAAUCUCACCAGCAAUAACACUUAGUCUUCAUAUCUUGUGCACCUCAAACAAAUGGACUGGGUUUCUUCACUUUCUUGACAUAUCCAUUAGUGUGUCACAUAUAGACUGUUGAAUCUUGGUUUCAGCUGUUAUCAACCCAUGUCAUACUGUCUCUGUGUGGUCCUUCCAAACCGUCCUUUCAGAUCCCUUUGCUUUGCCAUUUGCAAGUGUCUGAAAUCGUCAAGUCUCAGCUUCCAGAAGUCUUGGUUCCAUUGACAGGAUACAUAUGUGAUGACUCUUUAGUGGAAAUUAUGACCUACAAAGUCUAGAUUGUAUGUAGGUAUGAAGGGAAUUUUUUAAAUAAAUUGAAAAGCUGUGAACAGCA